CUGCAUCCUGUCACAGCCAGCACCCUCUACCAUCUCCGACACCCGAUCCAUACCACCAAAACCAUCAACAUGCCUACCUACAUUGUCACCUGCAAGGAGGAUGCCACUCCCGAGCAGUUCCAGGCGGCCAAGAAGCACGCUGAGGACCAGGGUGGAAAGAUCGGACACGAGUACAGCCUGAUCAAGGGCUUCUCCGUCGACUUCCCCCAGGACCAAAUUUCGACCCUCGAGAACCACGAGCACGUGAAGCACGUCGAGAAGGACCAGGAGGUCCGCACCCAAUAG